ACAGGUCCAGAGUUUGUGGUUGUCCGUCAGGUGAAAAUCAUUGUUGGGAAAAAGUUGAUUAACAGUGGUUGCUGCCUUAUAACUUUACUUGAUAUCUACAGUAACAUCCAAGUUCCUCGUACUGAUUUUUACAACAGCGAAGCUGCGACAAUGAAGAGUUUAAAGUACCGCCUGAAAAAGCACGAAGUUACCAUCACUAACACAGACUGGAACAAGUACGAUGACCGGCUGAUGAAGGCGGUGGAGCGCGGUGAGGUGGACAAGGUGGCCGCAGUGCUGAGCAAGAAGGGCAUCAUCCCCACCAAGCUGGACGUGGAGGGGAGAUCAGCCUUCCACCUCGCCGCGACAAGAGGACACGUGGAUUGUUUAAACCUCAUCUUAGGCCACAGUGUGGACGUGACCGCCACCGAUGCCACCGGGAAAAAUGCCCUACAUCUGGCUGCAAGGAACGGCCAGUCAUUAUGUGUUCAGAGGCUCUUACAGCACAAUUGCCCCGUGGGGAACGUGGACCUGCAGGGGAGGACUGCAUUACAUGACGCUGUGAUGGCUGGCUGCGCCUCGAGUGUUAAAUUGCUCUGUGAUAGUGGGGCUUCUGUGAACGCCAGUGAAUUUGAUGGGAAGACUCCUCUGGUGCUGGCCACUCAGAUGUGCCACCCACGGAUCUGCCAGCUGCUGCUGGAGCGUGGCGCCAACAUCACCGUCCGCGAUAAACAGAACAAGACUGCUCUUAUCCUGGGAUGUGAGUACGCCUGUAGGGACGCCGUCGAGGUGCUGUUGAGGAGCGGCGCAGAUGUCACCGCCGUGGACUGCUUCGGCCACGACAGCUACCACUACACCCGCCUCGGGAAGAACCAGGAGCUGGUCGCGCUGGUGAAGAGUUACCUGGACAGCGCAAACAAAGCUAAAGAUGCCGCGAGGAUGGAGCUGAAAAAGAGACAGCAGUCAGUGGAGAUGAACAUGGAGCCUGCAUCAAAUGCAGACAAGGAUCAGAUGAUACACAACCUUGAGAGGCAGAACGAAAGCCAGCAGGAGUCUCUGAGGAAGUUUCACCAGGAGCAGAGAGCCCUCGUGGACAAGGUCAACAUGCUUCAGCAUCAGCUCACCCAGGAAAAGUCAACAGUGGGGGACAUUCACAUGGAGAGGGAACAACUCAAACACCUGCUGUCGGCCAAAGAGCGCGAGGACGGGGCUCGCGCCGCGGACACGGUGAAGGUGCAGAUGAAGAGUCACCUGGGGGAUUACUCCGGCCAAUCUGUUAUCAAAGGGAAGGACAACAUUCUGGUAAGGCAGUCCCACAGUCUGGAUUCUGCUCAGGUACUGGAUUCUGCUCAGGUCAUGCAGCCGGUGGCGCCCACCCGCUCUGUGUCGCGACCCCUGGAGCUGACUCGCACGCCGUCGGUGACGUCGGGCGGAGAGUCGGACCUCCUGCGCAGGGAGCUGGAGGCGCUGCGGAGGAAGCAGGAGGCGUCAGAGGAGGAGGCGGGCCGCAUGCAGGCGGCGCUGAGCCGCAAGACCAAGGAGUGCGAGGAGCUGGCGCAGAGCCGCGACGCCACCAAGCGCGACGCCGACCAGCAGGUGCGUCAGCUGGAGGAGGCCCUGGGCGACGUGCAGAAGAGGAUGCUGGACUCCGAGGCCAAGGUGAAGCAGCUGCAGGCACACGUGGUGGCCGUGAAGGAGCACCUCAGCAACCAGCUCGUGGAGGACCUGAAGGUGCAGCUCAACGACGUCAAGGCCAAGUAUGAGGGGGCCUCGGCGGAGGUGGGCCGCGUGCGCAAUCACCUGAAGCAGAGCGAGAAGGCCCUGGAGGAGUACAAGAAGAGCGAGGGCCAGCUGGCCGUGGAGGCCGAGCGGCUGACCCAGGAGCUGGACACCCUGAAGGAGGAGCGGGAGGACAUGGCCGAGAUGCUGAUGAGCAUGGAGGCCCACGUGAAGGAGGUGGAGGUCCGACUGCCCGCCAUGGUGCCCGGAGAGAAGUUCGACAACAUGAAGAACCUCCUGACCAACGCGGUGGACGAGAAGGAGAAGCAGCUGGCUGAGCUGAGGGAGGACUACGACCGCGUGCUGGAGGAGGUGGCCGAGCUCCACAGGGAGAUGGACAACCACAGCGGGCCGGGGAUGAGCGUACCCCUGCAGGAGCACGAGCGGGUGAGGGCCGCCCUGGAGGAGCAGAGCAUGUCCCUCAAGAGGAGGCUGGCCGACGUCACCGCCAAGAGCCAGGAUCUGAUCCAGGAAGUGGAAGAGAGCGAGGAGGAGAGGGAACUCCUGAGGGAGCAUCUGGAGGACCUGAAGGACCAGAUCCAGUGCCAGUUUGUGCCCCUGGAAUCUCACAAGGAGGUGAAGAGAUCUUUGGAUUGUGCGGUGGAAGACCUGAAGAAAAAGCUUUCUGAAGCUGCGGAGAAAAAGAAGCUGGCUGAGGAAGAGCUUCAGAAGCUGCACGAGGAGAAGGCCUCGCUGUGUGAGAACGUGACCCUGCUGAAGAGCACCCAUGUCCCCAGUGAGCAGUUUGAGAGCGAAGUGGGCAAGCUGACCUCACGUAACAUAGAGCUGGAGAAGGAUCUGGAGAUCAUCCAGCAGAUGUGUGAGGAGAGAGAAAAGGAGCUGAGGGAGGUGUUGGCCGAGAAGGAGAACCUGAAGCAGAGUUUGCAAGGGGAGGUGAUGUCGAAGGAAGAGUACGAGAGAAUGAAAGAAGAGCUUAGCGCCGCCUUGGAGGAAUCCAAAAAUCAAAUCUCCAUGUUGGAGAAGACUGGCAAGACAAGGGAGGAAGGGUUGCAGAAGGUGAACGAGGGAAGUGCAAUGUUAAAAGGGGAGCUUGAGAAAGUACAGACGAUGUUGAUAAAAGACUAUAUUAGCCUCAGUGACCAUGAAACAGUCACUGGAAAGCUGAACAGUGCCUUAGCUGAAGCUGAGGAGAAGGCAAACGAAGCCCUCUCCAAGUAUCAGUCAGCUCAGGAGGACACUAGUAGGCUGCAAAAGGAAAUUGAGGAGCAGAAAAUAGAGUUAGAUACCAUACAAGAGGCUAUACAGAUUAAGUUUGUGCCACUGUCUGUUAUUCAAGAGAAAGAGAGCGGCUUUGAGGUCGCACUAAAGGACUUGACUGAGCGGUUGACUGAAAUGCAGGACAUGUAUGACCAGGAAAAGACGGAGAGUGAACGUCGCAAGUGUGAGGCAGAGAGGCUGGAAGCGGAGCUGCACGAGGCCCUGCAGAGGCAGGAGGCCGACCUGGCCUCCAGCGAGAAGCUCCGAGAGGCGGAGGACCAGCACAAGGGCCACUCCGAGGAGCUCAGCCUGAAGCUGGUGGACCUGGAGCAGAAUUACAAGGAGGUGACCGUCCAGCGGGCCGAGCUGGAGGAGCAGAACGCCCUGUGCGCCGCCGAGAUCCAGGACCUGCAGCGACGCCUGGAGGUGGAGUACGUGCGCCUGGAUCGCUUCGAGGCCAUGCAACAGGCGCUGAGCGACAGCCUGCAGCAGGCGCAGGAGCAGUGCCAGCAGGCGCAGUCGGCGCAACGGCAGGAGGCCAAGCGGGUGUGCGAGCUGGAGCAGGAACUGCAGAGCCGCGACGGCAGCCAGGGCACCAUCGCCACCACGGCGGUCGGCGCCGCCCUGCUGGCCGAGCACGAGGAGGCGCGUGGGGCGCUGGAGAGGGAGGUGGCCCAGCUGCGGCUGGCCCUCCGCGAGGAGGAAGAGAGCAGCGCCCAGCGGGCCGAGGACGUGUCCGCCCUGCAGAGCGAGCUGCUGCGCGCCACCCAGGCCCUGGAGGAGCUGCACGGCCGCGACGAGGACGAGGUGGGCGAGCUGCGGCAGGACAAGCAGCGGCUGGAGGAGGAGGUGCUGGAGCUGGGCGAGCGCCUGUCCGGCCUGGCCGAGCAGUACGAGGAGCUGUACCGCGACGCGGCCCUGCGCAAGGACGCCGAAACCCGGGCGCGCGCCGAGGCCGACUCCCUGCAGGCCAAGAGCGCCGCCAUCGAGGGCGAGAUCGGCGAGCUGAAGGAGCGCUACGACGGCUCCCUGCACACCAUCGGCGAGCUGCAGAAGAGGAUCCAGAUGUCCUCGGGGCAGACGGAGGCCAAGGACAAGAGGAUCACCGAGCUGUUAGCCGACGUCGAGAGGCUCAAGCAGGCGCUGAACGGCUUGUCCCAGCUGGCCUACGCUGGCGGCGCGCCCAACAAGAGGCAGACCCAGCACAUCGACGCACUCCAGGGCCAGGUUAAAAGCCUGCAGCAGCAGCUGGCUGAAGCUGAAAGGCAGCACAGGGAGGUGGUCUCCAUUUACCGAACUCAUCUUCUCAGUGCCGCUCAGGGGCACAUGGAUGAAGACGUCCAGGCAGCCUUGCUGCAGAUCAUCCGCAUGAGGCAGGAGUUUGUGUGCUAGAGGGAGUGUGGUGGGAACACCAGCACGGACUCAAAUCCACCAUUUGCCCUGCAUUCCACAGUGCAAGCCAAGCUGUGGGCCCACUCGGCUCAUUCUGUGCAAAUCCAUGUUAGCAAAGACUCAUAUCCAGGUCCAGGGUCAGUAGAAAAACACCACACAACAGCUGUGAGAGGGGUUACCAGGAACCAGGAACUGGGUCAACUGCCACUACCUGUUAGUUGAUUAUGUACAGUAUUAACACCUGUUUGUAGUCAUUAGUUCACUUUUUAAUGGAGUUCAUCCAGAAUGCUCUGGCAUGCAUCUGAACAAGAGGCUGGAAAGUAGUAGAGAAAUGAGUGUGCAAGUACUAUUGAAAUGAGUGUGCAAGUACUACAGAAAUGAGUGUGCAAGUACUCAAGAAAUGAGUGUGCAAGUACUACAGAAAUUAGUGUGCAAGUACUACAGAAAUGAAGGUGCAAGUAAGGGAACGUUCUGCUCUGAAAGCAGAAGGAAUGACUGCAACUUCUUGUGGUGGUUUAGAAGGGAAUUGAGGCUGGUGUUUUGUAAGAGCAGUUUUUGGCAAUCGAGUCACGUCAAUGUCACAACGCCUCUGACGGGAUUAGACGUUCCGGUCCACACUCCCUCCGCAGUGCCCUCCUGUGACCUCCUCCAUGCUGGAGAGGGAGAGAAGGCUGCAGCACCAACCUCCCUUCACCUCCCCUCACCUCACCUCUCGCCCCCAGACUGGGAGCAGGACUCCCACCCACCCGCUACUCACAUACCGAAUAAACAGUCAUAAACACUUGCACUCACAUGCGCAUAUAAAUGUCCUGGGGUCCUAGCCACACUGACUUUACCCUUGAAGGUCCAAACAGUCAACAAACUCUGCACGUCCCUAGCGCUCCUAAUCUGUCCAGGGGCUUUCCAUGAGUCUCUGUCAGUCUCUCACUUUGAUUUCUCAUUCCUCUCUAGUCCCCUCUCACAUUGUUAUACCCUUUUCUCAUCAUCAUUCUCUCAUCCUCCUUUCCCUGUCUUUUUUUUUCUUUUCUCGCCAUCUACUUCUGGGUCCUUUAUGUCUUCUCUCUCUCUCUCUCUCUCUCUCUCUCUCUCUCU